AUGUUGUUCACUUGGAUAGAAAUGGCUAUUUAUUUGGGAGAAUGGAUGAAAGUUGAAAGUAUUCUAGCGCAACUUCAGCGGGCGAUCACAGAGUCUGCUGAAACUGAAUCAGCUGUAUCCAAUGCCAGCCGUGCCAGUCGCUAUACAGCUACCACUGCUCUGGUGGCGAGUAAAGUUAUGAAAGAUUUCAUUGCAAAUUCAAAGGCAAAAGUCGUUGCUGUUUCUGCUCUACAUUCUCUUGUAACAAAGAAUUACAAAGGUUGUGCUGAAAGCUGCUUGCAGAUACAAUUGGAAAAUUUCCAUUAUCCUGAAUUGCUGUCACCAAAAGAUAUAGCUUGUUAUGGCACCUUUUGCUCAAUGGCGACUUUUAGUCGUAAUGAAGUUAAAAAAAGAGUGCUUACCAACCAGUCUUUUAGAAAAUUUCUAGAAUCAGAACCAAAACUUGUCGAAUUAUUGCAGAAAUUUUGCAAAAGCGAUUUUGCAGCGUUCUUCGAUAUACUGGAGGAAAUUCGAUAUCCAUUAUUAUUGGAUAUAUUUUUUGGUCCACGAAUGAAUGAACUUUGUAAAAUGAUAAGACAUCAAGCUAUUAUUCAAUAUUUUCUGCCAUUCGAAGCAGCAGAUAUUGUUAAAAUGUCUACAGUUUUUCGCUUAUCUUCACAAGAGUUGAUGGAUGAAUUGUUUCUGCUAAUUGAAAAUGAUAGUUUACGAGCGCGCAUUGACGCUGUCAAUAAAAUAUUGGUUGCAAAAAAAUCUAUUCGGAAAGCCUUAAUCUUGGAUAAGAUAUUGCGAGCUGGCGAAACGAUUAGUUAUGUGGUACUCGGUGCGCUUUGUUAUUAUGAUGUAUACACAGCUAUUAGAAAUUCGGAAUUUUUUCGAGGUUUUGUAAAACGUGGUCCUAAACUGGUGAUAUCGUCCUGCAGUGGAAACACUGUUUCAGGUCAUAUACCUUUAAUAUCGCAUUUUUUCGCAACGAGACGAAGCAUUUCACCACAAGCUGCUAACGUUCAAGAUACUGAAGCGGAUAGUUUAAACGAACUUUAUGUAGCAGAUGAUUUGCGCGAAUCAACCGAAAUAUCGCACAGCGCAAUGGUAAGCCAGUCAGCAGAAGUCACAGAAAUGCAUUAUAUCGCAAACAGACGCAAUCAAUCAACAUCAGCGAAUCUAUAUUCAUCGGCAAGAAUUAGGGACAGAGAUUAA